GGCAUUUGAGGGGCAACAAUCAGGCGGGGCUAUCGGACGCCCUGUCAUUUAAGAGCCGCAUGGCAUUAUUCUGUGAGGCUGCCGACAGAGGGCUUUUUUAAAUGGCGGUCAUUUAAAGUCACUGUAAUUGGAGCAGGAGUCACAUUCCUGAAUUAGACGGACAGUCCCUACAGUGCAGCGGUUUAGUCGUGCAGAUGAUGAUUAAAAGACACCACAGUGCCAGCUGACUCUCCUUAUAAUUAGCCCAUCUAAUUCUGGGUCGAGCUGAUGGAUUAAAAUUAGUGAAUGUGUGUUCCAGAUGUGGGAGCAGCUCGCCUCUUCCUCCCACUCCUCCUCUUCCUUCUCUUUGUCCCCCUCUUGCUCCUGCAGCCUCCAAAACAUCUAACAUAGACCAAGGGUGAGGGAAGGAGGGGGAGGGGCAGGGGAGGAUGUCAGUGAGUGAAAUUUGGCAAGUGCCCUCAAAAGCAGCAUGGAAAGAGAGCGAGAGAGAAAGUGUGUGUGAGAGAGAGAGAAAGAGAGAGAGAGAGAACACUGUUCUUUAGGGAAGCUGUGGAGGAGCGGAGAACACAGAUCGAUCUCCUAACGGCUGAGAUCACAUCAGGAUCUUCUCACCAUGAAGCCCACAGCGGUCGUCGUACUGAUGCUGACUCUUCAUCACAUCGGUUUCUCCUCUGCUCAGGAGUGUCCAUCCACUCAUGACCUGCUGACCUCACUGCGACAGGUUGAGAAGAUGUUGGCCGUCCAUGAAGCGUCAUAUCAGCAGGGCCUGAGGUCUCUGAAGAAAAAGCUUAUUGCUGUGCACAACAGCACCAUGGCCAUCCUCAAUAACGGCAAGAACGCCUCCUGCCCCAAACCAGACCCUCCUGCUCACGGCCGCAGAUUGGGAAGAGUGUUUGAUGUGGGACACGAGGUCCACUUCCUGUGCAAACCAGGGUACGAGCUGAUUGGUCCUCGAACACGAGUGUGCCUGGAGUCAUUCAAGUGGAGUGGGCAGAAGCCAAUGUGCAGACGUUUUAACAGCACUGGUAACUCCCUGCCCUCCUUCUCUCCCCCUGCUCGCUCUUCAUCCUCCUCAUCCUUCCCCGUCUCUGCCGCUCUCUCAGCAUCCUCCUCCGUCAUAUCUCCUCCCUUAACCUCCUCGCCAACUGCUCGCCCAUUCUCCCCCACAACUUCCUCACCCUUCGCCUCCGUCCGGCCCUCUCACUGCACUCACUUCCUGGGCUCCACCCGCUGCACCUGUGACGUGGGCUUCACCAUAUCAGGCCGGGACAACAAUAUCUGCACAGACAUCGACGAGUGUCGUCUGUUUCCUCUGGGACAGCCCGGACUUCUGUGUGUCCAUCAGUGUGUCAACACACCUGGCAGCUUCCACUGCUUCUGUCCAGACGGCUAUGAUCUGGCCAGUGAUGGACGCAGCUGCACAGACAUUAAUGAGUGUGAGAACCAGAUGCACAACUGCACCGGAGACCAGGUGUGUGUGAACACAUUUGGAGGUUUCCAGUGUGUGGAGGUGGAAUGUCCCUUCAUGAAAAACGCCACAUACAUAAAGACGUCACCAAUGCGCUGUGAGAGGAACCCAUGCAUGCUGGGAGAUGUGGCCUGCACUCAGGCUCCAAACUCAAUCUCGUUCCACUACCUCCCUGUGGUGUCCAACAUGUCUGCCCCCAGAGUCCUUUUCCGAGUGUCAGCAGCUCGAGUGCUGGGCGAUACGCUGCGUUUCGGCCUGGCAGGAGGCAAGAGCAGAGGUCACUUCAGUGUGCAGCGCUCGGGCCGACAGACCGGUACACUACUCCUGGUGACGCCCAUAUUGGGCCCGGCUACUCUGGAGGCUGAGGUGGAAAUGAGCGAGCUGGAGCGCAAUGAUCUGCUCGGUCGCUACCUGACAAAGGUCACCCUGUUUGUGUCACCGUAUGAGUUUUAGAUGGUGGAAGACUAUGAGCAAAAAUAUAGUUUCUAAAAUAUAUAUAUAUAUAGGACUAUAAGUUGCUCCGAAGUAUAAGUCGCACCAGACAAAAAAAUGCACAAUGAAGAAGAAAAAAA